AUGGCUACACUUCUUUAUUUCUUAGCACAUGCAUGUCUUACUGAUGUUAUUCAAACUGUGUCGACCAUCAUUAUCACAUACCUGCCAAUCAAUUCAUUUUUAAUUAUAUCGAAACAUUUGCAAGACGGACCAAUUGUUUUUACUGAACGGUAUACCAAAAUUGUCCGGAGUGGAUCAGAAGAUGUGGGUUGUUGA